CCGUUCUACAGCAACAUCGACUCCAUGCCCGACAUUCGACCCAGGAGGAAGUCCAUACCUUUGGUUAGCGAAUUGGUGCUCAAGACCAUGGCUGCAACAAAGCGAAAUGCUGGUCUAACUUCCGCUGUGCCCCGCCAGUCGUUGAAUGAUGAGGAAUUGAAGACGCACGUCUACAAAAAGACCCUCCAGGCCCUCAUCUAUCCCAUCUCCAGCACGACGCCACACAACUUCCAACCAUGGACGGCCACUUCGCCAACCUACUGUUAUGAGUGCGAAGGACUCUUAUGGGGCAUCGCCCGCCAAGGAGUGCGCUGCACUGAGUGCGGAGUCAAGUGUCACGAAAAGUGCAAAGAUCUACUCAAUGCAGACUGCCUGCAACGUGCGGCGGAGAAGAGUUCCAAGCACGGAGCCGAUGAUAAGGCUAAUAACAUCAUUAUGGCGAUGAAAGAAAGAAUGAAAAUCAGGGAGCGAGACAAACCAGAAAUUUUCGAGCUUAUCAGGGGCAUAUUUUCUGUCGAAAACAACAUCCACGCGACGCACAUGAAGGCCGUGAAACAGAGUGUCCUGGACGGUACCUCCAAAUGGUCAGCAAAAAUUGCAAUCACCGUGAUUUGCGCUCAGGGGCUGAUCGCUAAAGAUAAGAGCGGGACCAGUGAUCCGUACGUCACGGUACAGGUGGGGAAAACGAAGAAAAGGACACGCACAAUGCCUCAAGAUCUCAACCCCAUCUGGAACGAAAAAUUUUAUUUUGAAUGCCACAAUUCAUCGGAUCGCAUCAAAGUAAGAGUGUGGGAUGAAGACAACGAUUUAAAAUCCAAACUACGACAGAAGUUGACACGCGAAUCGGACGAUUUUUUGGGUCAAACGAUAAUCGAGGUGCGCACACUUAGUGGAGAAAUGGAUGUAUGGUACAAUUUAGAAAAACGAACUGACAAAUCUGCCGUCUCCGGCGCCAUUCGCCUUCAUAUCAGCGUAGAAAUUAAGGGGGAGGAAAAAGUAGCUCCCUAUCAUGUGCAAUACACGUGUCUUCAUGAAAAUCUUUUCCAUUACUUAUGUGAACAAAAUGAAAAUGGUGAUGUUAAACUGCCUGAAGCCAAAGGAGAUGAUGCGUGGAAAGUCUAUUUCGAUCAACCUGCUCAAGAUAUCGUAGACGAAUUUGCUAUGCGGUACGGUAUCGAAUCUAUCUAUCAAGCUAUGACACAUUUUCACUGCCUGUCCACCAAAUACAUGUGCCAAGGAGUACCCGCCGUCAUGAGUACAUUACUCGCAAACAUUAACGCUUACUAUGCACACACCGCCGCUUCCUCAGCUGUCUCAGCUAGUGAUAGAUUCUCUGCCUCCAAUUUUGGGAAAGAAAAAUUCGUCAAACUUUUGGACCAAUUACACAAUUCUCUCCGCAUAGAUUUAUCCAUGUAUCGCAAUAACUUUCCCGCAUCAAGUGCUGAAAAACUCCAAGAUUUGAAGUCAACAGUUGAUCUGUUGACGAGCAUCACGUUCUUUAGAAUGAAGGUGCAAGAAUUGUCCAGUCCUCCCCGUGCCAGCACUGUAGUGAAGGACUGUGUGAAGGCGUGCCUGCGUUCCACGUACCAAUUCCUAUUCGAGAACUGUUACGAACUGUACGGUCGGGAGUUCCAGGUGGAGCCACAGGACAAGGGGCGGGAAGGUACCGACGACCACGGCCCAUCCCUGCACAACCUCGACUUCUGGCACAAACUCAUCGCGCUCAUGGUCUCUGUGAUAGAGGAGGACAGAAACAGUUAUACACCCGUUCUCAACCAAUUUCCUCAGGAGCUAAACUGUGGUCAACUCAGUGCUGGAACGAUGUGGAGUUUAUUUGGUGUCGAUAUGAAAUAUGCUUUAGAAGAACACGAGCAGCACAGACUUUGUAAAAGCUCAGCCUACAUGAACUUGCACUUUAAAGUAAAAUGGUUUUAUAAUAAUUAUGUUAAAGAUGUCCCUCCGUACAAAGAAACCGUACCUGAAUAUCCGGCGUGGUUCGAGCCGUUUGUGAUGCAGUGGUUGAAUGAAAACGAUGAUGUUUCCCUGGAAUACCUCAAUAGUGCCUUCUUGAGGGAUAAGAAAGAUGGAUUUCUUCAAAGUUCAGAGCAUGCUCUUUUCUCCAACUCGGUGGUUGAUGUGUUCACGCAGCUGACGCAAUGCUUCGAUGUAAUUAGCAAGCUGGAAUGUCCGGAUCCAGAACUAGUCAAACGGUACAUGAAGCGAUUCGCAAAGACCAUUGUAAAGGUGCUCACUUCCUACGCAGAUAUAGUAAAGAAAGAAUUUCCGAAUUUUAUAAGUCAGGAGAAGACGGCAUGUAUAUUAAUGAACAACAUUCAACAACUGCGGGUUCAGUUGGAGAAAAUGUUCGAGUCCAUGGGUGGAGAGAAGCUGGACGACGAAGCAGCUGGUAUCCUCAACGAAUUGCAGCAAGCGUUGAACACUGUACUAGACGAUUUGAGUGUAGUCUUUGCAAAGAGGUGAUCACCCUUAAUAGUUAUUUUCAAAAUUGCAAUAACUUAGUUGUAGAGUGCGUAGUU